UGCUCGGGAUGACGUCAUGGCCGGUGAAACCCCCCCGUGGCCGCAGGAGCCGCAGCCAGUGCGGGGCGGGCAGGCGGCGGGAGGAGCAGCCGGGCCCGGCCCGGCCCAGCUCGGCCCAGCAUGGCCAAGCACCAUCGCACCCCGGCGCGGAGCCCGGAGCCCGUCAUCGAGGUGAAGAGCAAGUUUGACGCCGAGUUCCGCCGCUUUGCUAUGAAACGCUCCAGUGUGGGCGACUUCCAGGAGUUCUACCAGCUGAUCCAGACAGUCCAUCAGAUCCCCCGCGUGGAUGUGUUGUUGGGGUACACGGACGUUCACGGGGACUUGUUGCCCAUCAACAAUGACGAUAACUACCACAAGGCGCUCUCCUCCGCCAACCCGCUGCUCAGGAUCAUCAUCCAGAAGAGGGCAGAAGCCGACUCCAGCGUCUUUGCCUCCAACUCCCUGCAGCGGAAGAAGAAGGGGCUGCUGCGGCCGGCGCACCACCGGGCCAAGCCGCAGCUGCUGAUCGGCCUGCCCCAGGACUUCCGGCAGAUCUCCUCCAUCAUCGACGUGGACAUCCUGCCCGAGACGCACCGGCGCGUCCGGCUGCACAAGCACGGCUCCGACAAGCCGCUGGGCUUCUACAUCCGUGACGGCGUCAGCGUGCGCGUGGCCCCCCAGGGCGUCGAGAAGGUGCCCGGCAUCUUCAUCUCCCGCCUGGUGAAGGGCGGGCUGGCCGAGAGCACGGGGCUGCUGGCCGUCAGCGACGAGAUCCUGGAGGUGAACGGCAUCGACGUGGCCGGCAAGUCACUGGACCAGGUGACGGACAUGAUGGUGGCCAACAGCCACAACCUCAUCGUCACCGUCAAGCCGGCCAACCAGCGCAACAACGUCAUCCGCAGCAGCAAGGCCUCAUGCAGCUCGGGCGUCUCGACAGACAGCACGCCCAGCCCCGCCUCCCACUACCUGAGCCACUACAGCACGGCCGAGGGCGAGAGCGACGACGAGGGGGACCUGGUCAUCGAGAGCGACGGCGCCGCCCGCUGCCCCAACGGCGGCCUCCUGGACAAGACCUGCCAGCAGAUCCUGGCGCUGCCCGGCUCCCUGCACUCGCUGGGCAGUGCCAAUGGCAGCCGCGGGGGCAGCCUGCAGGAGGACGGCACGCUCCUCACCCUAUAGAGCGCCGGCCCCCUCUGGGUGGGACCUCGCCGGCAUGGGGGCAGCGGGCAGUACGGAAGGCCCUGGCAGCCAGCCAGGCCCUGCCCCAGCCUGUCUCCUCUCCGGCAGGCCCAGGACGCUGGGCGCCCCAUCCCCACCGCAGGAAGGGUGGCAGCCGGGCAUGGAGACGUGAGCGCCGAGCCCUGCCCCUCCCCCGUCUGUGGGGCUCCCCCACCCUUGUGGGGAACCAAAUGCCUAGACACUGCCCCUCUCAGGCCCCACCCCUGGGCCAGACCCAC